AGACAGGACAAGGUAGCACAGGUGAAUAUAAUUAGGGUGUGACAGAUAUCAGAGUACAGAAUUCAUAAUCCUCCAGAGAAGACAGACCAAAACAAAUUGUUCCUGAAUAUUCUGCUGAAGAAGAGAAAAAUACUUCAAAGAUGGCGCUGUCAAGGUAUCUCAACAUUCUGCUGACAUCACAGUGCACUCUGUACCUGAUAGCUGGAGCACAGAACCAGCUGGAGCCCAGCCCCCUCUGCCAAGCCUAUCCUGGAAUCCCGGGUCCCAACGGGGCACCUGGUGGAGAUGGUCGGGAUGGUCGGGAUGGGGGACCAGGACCAAAGGGAGAGAAAGGGGAAGUCGGGGCUCUUGGGCCCCCAGGACCUGUCGGCCCCCAGGGACCUAAAGGAGAGAGAGGAGAGCCGGGCAGUUCAGUGAGCGACGCUAGUGACAACGCACAUCUACUUUCUGAGAUCCAGCUGCUGAAGUCCAGAAUGACCAGGCUUGAGAUGGCUUCCAGUUUCAGACUCUUCCAGAAAGGCGGCAACAAAUACUUCUUCUCCAACGGCUUCUUGGCAAAUUACGAUGAAGGAGCCAAGUACUGUAGCGACCUGGGCGCUGCGAUAGCCAUGCCACGGGACAAGGAGGAAAACCAAGCCCUCGAUGCCAAGUUCAUGGUCGGCUCAGAGUACGCCUUCAUCGGAGCAAACGACAGACAAGUAGAUGGGGUUUUUGUGGAUGUUGGUGGGCAGCCUCUUACAUACCUUAACUGGGCUCCUACUCAGCCUAACAGACUUCCUAAUAAUGAGGAUUGUGUUGUCACUACCAAAUCAGGGGAUUGGCAUGACAUCACCUGUGAUGUCAUACUUGUCAUAGUUUGUGAAAUAUAGAAGAGGAAUCAACACACUAAACAGGUGCUGCUUCAAUGCUUACACCAUUAGUGCUUUAAUUAAAUACAACAAUUAGAUUUGAGAACAAUAUUGUUUUUCAACGUGUAGGUUUGGUCAUUAUUAAAGUAAUAACUUCGACAAUCAUGUCCUCUUGAAAUAGAUGGUAUUAAAAAUAAUCAAUAAAAAAUAAUAAU